UUGAGAUUACGUCAGUGAAAUAGAUGGUUGAAUAAAGAGUCUUUUGCGGAGAGGCGGGAGGAAGAGGUUGAGGGGGAGCUACCGAAUGUGCAGAAAUUGAGAAUUAACGGGAGUGUAGUCCGUAAUCUCGUAACAUAACGCGUCGUUGAAUGCGCCGUUCGUUCAUCGCCGGCCGACUGACACACCGUGACGCGGUUUCCACCACAACGCAAGAAAAAACGACAGGAACGACACAGAGUGCCAUUCUCUCCCUCUUUUCUGAAGAAUAUUCUCAGAGACAUCCACGCGCCUCUGAAGACAUGGAGGCGCCGGGUUUGGCACACGGGAUCGCGAGCCCGCUAAACCCGCGAGAGGGCAUGAUCAAGAAUGCGAGCCUGGAGUCGCUCCAGCUGUGUGAGAGAGACGGUAAGGCAGAGGACAGUGGUGUGGUGGGAAUGGAGGAGUUACCAGUUCCUCGCAAUAUCAAGAUCAGUAACAUCACCUGUGACUCUUUUAAGAUUUGCUGGGACAUGGACCCUCACACCACAGAGAAGAUCACACAUUACUUCAUUGACCUCAACAAAAAGGAGAACAAGAACUCCAACAAAUUCAAACACAAGGAUGUGCCCACAAAGCUUGUUGCUAAGGCGGUCCCAUUGCCCAUGACAGUGCGAGGACAUUGGUUCCUGAGUCCACGGACAGAGUACACAGUUGCUGUGCAAACAGCAUGCAAACAGAGCGACGGAGACUAUGCCAUAUCAGAAUGGAGUGAUAUUGUUGAGUUCUGUACGGCAGAUUAUUCCUCAGUGCAUUUGACACAGCUGUUGCAAAAGGCUGAAGUCAUUGCUGGCAGGAUGCUCAAGUUUUCUGUCUUUUACCGGAAUCAGCAUGAGGAAUACUUUCAACACUGCAGAGGUGUGCUUGGUGGUCAGAUGAUGCCUUCGUUAAAGGACAACAGUGGUAGUCAUGGCUCACCUCUGAGCGGUAAAUUGGAGGGUAUUGUCUUCAGCUGUAACACUGAGUUUAACACAGGUCAGCCCCCACAAGAUUCACCGUAUGGGCGUUUCCGCUUCCAGGUGCCCGCCGAGGCCCUGUUCACCCCUGAUACCCUCCUCUACUUUGGGGACUUCUACUGCAUGUAUACUGCCUAUCAUUAUGUAAUCCUAGUCCUGGCUCCCCGUGGCUCGCCUGGAGACCUCUACUGCACCGAACGCCUUCCUGAGCUGGAUGUGACGAACAACCGCUUUCUGACACGUGUGUGUGGAGAUGAUGGGCGUGUGGAGUUUCGACAUGCACAGGACGUGAUUCUGGAGCUAAUUUAUACUGAACCAGUGCCAUUAGCACUGGGGACUGUCUCUCACAUCAGUGGCCACCAGCUAAUGAGCUUGUCCACUGUCAACGCCAAGAAAGAUCCCAGCUGCAAGACAUGCAACAUCAGUGUCGGCCGCUAACCUGUAUACACUCUCUUUCAAACAUUUCCAUCCACACCAACCCAACCCAACCCAAUAGGAUGUGUAUAAGACCUGCAAUCUUAAAAUGAUACAUUAUACAACCAGACACAGAAGUCAAGUUGCACCAGAAUCCUCCAAACAUGGCCAUGUGGAGCUUAUAAACCUUUGGGUCCUCCCUUAGAUAUUGCUGAAGAACAGCAUCCUUUUCAUCUACAUCAACAUCUAUUUUCAAUGAACUAAGCAUUGUGAGAGAAAAUAAUCAUAGUGUUUUAGAAAAAAGAAGAAAAAAAAAAAGAUAAUUGGGAUCCAUAAUAUCCACAAAAUCAACAACAACAAUAAAAAACCCUUGGGGGGGCCUCCCAUACAUCCAUCUAAUUCUAGAAACUCUAUAAACAUUUACAUAAUUACUUGUAUCCUAAAUGGACCAAGCAUUGCAAAAAAAAAAAAAAAAGUACAGUCCGACUUAGAAAAAAAUGUAAAACAAUAAGACAAACAAAAAAAAUAAAAAUAAAUAAAGAACAGAGCAAGAUCAAGGGUAAAAGCUGAAUUUCCAAAAACUCUUAUCCCACUGUGAACCUUUCAUGUGUGUUUCUUGGUGCUUUUUCUGCUUGAUAUUCAGACCCCAGCCCUUUUUAUCCCCAAACCAUUUGUGACCUUUUUCAACACAUAUCGGCUCUCAGACAAGAGCAUUUUGCUCAGUUCCCACUGAGGCAAUUAAACUACCCGUGUCUCUUAGUUUGGACACCGAGGUCAAAGGACCCUACUUCAGAACUUGUCUCUGGAGUCUUAUGCCAACCGGUCCUUUAAGCACUGAUACCACCUCAGCCUUUAACUUCUCCAGUACCCUCUAUUUUUUCCUUUUAUACUCUGAUCGCAGUUCUCCUUUAAUCACAACUGUUUUUAUUCAUUAAACACAGUUUGUAGAUAUUUUGAUGUUCUUGUUUUACUAUUCUUUUUUGUUUUGGAGAAUGUGUGUGUUGUUGUAUAAUGGUGUAUUUUGUAACAUGUUAGAUCAUCAAAAGAUCUCUUCAUUCCCUAAAUAAGAAUUAUUUGUCUAAAAUAAAUGAUAAAUAUGUUAUUUGCAUAUCGCAGCUCAGCACUGUACUUGUUUACGUCCAGUGGUGCUUGAGGAGUCUGGUUGCUCUUAUUCUUGCACACUCUGGUGGUGAAAAAGUAACAUUCUCCAGAUCUGGACAGUUAUGCAUGCAAAGAUUUUUUGCUGUGUGGGGUACCUGAACUUGUUUACUUGUUCCUAAAGCUCCAAAUAUAGAAGCUAAUCUUAACAGACAUGGAUGCAUGGUUUAUUUUACAUUUUUGAAAAUCCAUCACUAACCAUAUGCUGGAUUGUAGCAUUUGCCCAAAACAAAAUAGUUGGAUAUUUUUAUUUUUUUAAUUGUAUUCUUUUGUAAGAGAUCCACAUGUUUAUGCCUGUUAUAAUCACUUCAAAACUAUAUGUAUUUAAUAAAAAAUAUCAUC